AUGCCGAACAAGAUUGUCAUCAUCGGUGCCGGUUUCGCUGGGGUCUGGAGCGCCCUCUCAGCCCAACGCCUCAUCAAGCUCAGGAACAAGGAGCAAGACAUCGAGAUUCUUGUCAUCGCACCCGAACCAUGGCUAACCCUUCGACCACGUCUCUACGAAGCAAACGCCUCUUCCAUGAAGCAGUCCCUCGCGCCGCUCUUCAAGGAUGCUGGUAUCGGGUUCCUCCAAGGAACCGUUGAAACAAUCUACACCAAGUCGCAGACAGUUCACGUUCGAUCUUCAGGCAACGAGUCGGAGGUUCAUUUUGAUCGACUUAUUCUAGCAGCUGGCAGCGCAGUUGUACGACCCAAGAGCGUUGCUGGUCUCGAACAAUAUGGCUUCGAUAUCGACACUCUCGCUGCUGCCACCAAACUCGAGACUCAUCUCAAAAAUCUAGAGUCCCUUCCCGCCAGCAAAAGUCGCGAUACCGUGGUAAUUUGUGGCGCUGGCUUUACUGGAAUUGAAAUGGCAACAGAACUUCCAAAUCUACUCAAGAACAUCACGAACCUCAACAUCGUCCUUGUUGAAAGUGCCUCGGAUGUUGGCCCUGAGCUUGGAGAAGGUCCUCGACCUACCAUCAUGAAAGCUCUGGACAGUCUCGGAGUUGAACUUAAGCUUGGAGCUGCAGUUACUGCGAUUGAUGGUAAUGGAGUACAGCUCAGUUCUGGCGAGCGCAUCGAUGCAAUGACUGUCAUCUGGACUGCUGGUAUGCGAGCAACACAUCUAACACAGCAAAUCCCUGGAGAAAAAGAUGCACUCUCUCGCCUUUACGUAGAUCAAGAUCUUCGUGUAACAGGCUGUAAGAACAUCUUUGCCACAGGCGACGCCGCCCAUGUUGCUACUGAUACAAAAGGGAACAUCGCUUUAAUGUCCUGUCAACACGCCCAGAUCCUCGGCCGAUUCUCCGGCCACAACGCAGCAGCAGACUUACUGGGCGAACCAACUAUCCCAUACUCUCAGCCUGGAUAUACUACAUGUCUCGACCUUGGACCAUGGGGCGCAGUGUUAUCUCGCGGAUGGGAAAGAGAUGUCAAGAUGACAGGAAAAGCCGCAAAGCAGGUGAAGCAGUAUAUCAAUCAGAAAUUGAUCCUAUUGCCACAAGAUGCUCAAGAGGCGAUGAAUGCUGCAAAUCCUGCUGACUGUAGUGUUGAGAGUCUUUACAAGAGUGUUUUCAGUGCACUUGGAUGGAUGUGGUCUGAUUGGGAGAGCACUUUUGGAUUAAAGUAG